GAGAGAUGGAGGGAAGCCAAGAGUUGUCCUAUCCUCUUCUCCAGCCAUUCAGUCUUCUACCAAUUUCAGCCACCCCAGGAGACUUCGAUAUAGAAUUCGGUAGCAAUCAAACACCUGUAGAGUUUGUGAUCAGUGUGAACCAAUAUCCCCAAUUCCAUGAUUCCAAUAGAAAGAUCAACAAGUUCCGUGUUUUCUUCUGUGCAUUCAAAAUGUUCCUGGCUGAUAUCGAGAAGUGGAUAGCAUUUGCAAUAUCUAGAGGAGUUGAGGAGCUUGAUCUGGACUUCUCACUGGGAUAUGAAACUUAUAAUGGCUUCUCCAAUGGAGGGAAGCCAUUCAAACUGCCAGAUUUCCUGUUUCAUUGUAAAUCACUAACAUAUCUCAGUUUAAGAUGCUGUGAUUUCAGCCCUCCUUCAGGCUUCACUGGUUUCCCUCAGCUCCAGUCACUCUCCUUCAAAGACAUGGUUGUGACUGAUGACACAGUGACUAACAUGUUAGCUGCUUGCUUGAACCUUGAAUGCUUGAGGCUUGACACCUCUCAACUCUGGAGCUGAUCAACAUCUCUGCGCCUAACCUCCAACUGAAGAAUUUAACUAUUCUCAACUUUUAUGAUGCUUGCGAGACACUGAUUUCUGCUCCUAAGCUCCAGUCUUUUAUCUACCAUGGAGAAUGCAAUUUCAAUGAUGUCAAGACGCCUUCAUUAGUCAAUGCGUUCAUCUCUUCACUUGGCAUGAAAUACACGGAACCUGAACAUGACUAUGUAAAGUUGUUAUAUGAUAUCAGCCAUGUCAGGAUCUUGACAAUAUGCACUGCCACGUUGAUGUGCUUCACAACUAGAGAUGAAUAUGCCAACAUGGAUUUGCAAGAGUGCUUCACAAUUAACAACGAAUAUGACAACAUGGAUUUGCAAGUUUCCUUACCAAAUCUGCAGGAAUUGCAGCUCCUCAUGGAGUGUAUUAGCAGUGAGGAUCUCACUUAUGUCUAUGGCUUCUUCAGGAUAUGUCCCUCCCCUAAUGUGGAAAAAUUAUUUAUACAACUUCCUAAGUUCCAUGAAAAUGAAUAUCAUUCAAGUACUCAAGAACCAGUGGUGGAAGAACCAAGUGCUAUUACUUUCAACCAUCUGAAGGUGAUCAAGAUGAACAACUUCAAAGGUUGCAAGAGUGAAAUAAGAUUGGUUAAAUUUCUUUUGGAGAAGGCAAUUGUCCUGGUGGAUUUGCUCUUAGUAGUUCCAAAGAAACCUUGUAUGGAGGAACAUAAUUCUUCGUCAUCAGGUACACAUUACUAUGCGGACAGAAGGGAAAUAGAGAUGAUACAUGGGCAACUGGUAUCCUUCCCAAAAUCAUCCCCUGGAGCCAAAGUAGUUCUCUGUGAAUACGAUGAGGAUGAUCAAGCAAUAAUCCCGGCACACACCGAAUAUUAUUGGGAUCAUUUUUAAGUUUUAUGGUUACUGUCAGUUUCAAAGGGAACGCUGAGGGAUGGACGACAAAUAGCUGUGUCAUUCACACCAACUACCUAAUUGGGAGCCCAAAUGGUGUGCUCUCUCACAUUCCACCCAGAAAUAAAUCCUUCUUUUGGGCAGGAGUGAACUCCACAUUGCACCCCUUUCGAUCCCGCAUCACCCUUAAUUAAGAUAAUUCCCCUUCCUGGUCCCUAGAUAAACAUGGCAAGUUCACAGUCAAAUCCUUCUACAAAUUCCUUAUUGACGGUGGUACUCGA